ACUUUCAAGGCGCUGUCCGGUGUCCGCGUGUCAUUCACGUGUGUGUGAACGAGACGGACGGCUGAGCGAGGCGCAAAGAGAUACAUACAGCUGGUGGCUGGGGGGUGCGUGUGAGUGAGAGUGUGCGUGUCUUCUGCCUCAAUGCAUCGUCGCUGUGUGUGGUGGUACUCGAUCGAUCGUUGCAUGGUUCGGGGCGGGCGGGUGCACCAGACAGACGGGCGAGUGCAUGGAAGUGCGGCCGCUCUUUUUUCGGCCAGAGAGUGUUGCAUGCCUCCCUCACACUUUCUACGCGUCCGCCGAUGUGCAUGUCUUUAUCGUGUACAGUACGCAGUCGAUGAAUCACUCCCUACCUGACUUUCUUUGCGCACGACGCUCGGAAUUAUCAUCCCCAGAGACAUAAGGCGACAGUUUUCCAGAUGUGCGCCUCCCUGAAACCGCUGUGCCGGACGCCUGAGUCCGAGCUUUUCUCCGAGCUCUCAAGGUGGAGGGAUAUUCCUGCAUCCAGCGUAGUCCUACGCGCACUCAGGUGAGGCAUUUCCAUGAUUCACAUCGCCGGCACACGCCUCGUCCAUUGAUUGAUGAUCCUACCAAUCUAUUAUCCCUGGGUCUAUCAGUAACGGGAGAUCAGCAGGACCGGCAGCAGGAGCAGAUCACCAGAUGGAGCAAGCACAGGUGCGUCUUUCUGGCGCACCCACUCCGUAGCACCCUCACGUGUGGCCUUUCUGUGCGCCUCCAUGUGGUGCAGAUGGCAAGCCAGUUUGAGUGCAUGGUGUGCAAAGACUCCUGCGAGAUCCAUGGCUCCUACGAGCUCGAGUGCGGACAUCGCCUCUGCAGGUGGGAGAGGGCAGGGAGGGGUGGAGCGAGACAAAACGAGAUGGCCGUAUGUUGAUGUGUGUGUGUGUGUGUGUGCCUGUGUGUGGUGGCUGCCCUGCUGCAGUGAUUGUUUCGUCGGAUACGUCAAGUCGAAGGUCGACGGGGGCAGAGUCUCUGGUACAGAGAGUCCGCCACCCACCACUGUCAACACAAACACGUCUCGUCUGCCACCAUCCAUAUCCAUAUCAUCCACACUAACGACUCCUCCUUAUUUGUCUCUCUCUGUGCCGCAUUCAUUGAAUCUCAGCCAACGAUCUACGGUGCCCUCACGUGGACGAGCAGAACAAUCAGUGUCAACAGGUGCGCGCCACUGGUGUCAUGUCUGUGUGGACGCCUGACUGAUGUGUUGAUGGGUCUGCCUGCCUGCGUCCUUUCAGGAGCUGUCUUACGACCAGAUCGUCGGGGUCCUCUCAGAGGAGGACAAGCAGAAAUUCCUCCGCUUUCGGUUCGCUCGCGUGAUAAGUGGAGCGGGGAAUAGUGUGUGUGUGUCUUUGUGUGUGCGCGUCGUUCAGUUUGGAGCAGUAUCAGCCGGGCGACAACGAAAUGAAAGUGUUAGUCCCACAACACGACAGAACCACAGGAACUCGCAUACGUAAUCCGUGUGUGUGUGGGGGUUCAUGGCUGCAGCACAUGCCCCUCGCCCGACUGCGUCACCUACAUCAUCGACAAGACGGCCACAUCGGUACGCUACACCCAAGCGUGCACCAGCCACACACACACACACGCGAAAGAAUCAUUGACAUUGCGUAUUAAUGAUCUAAACAGGUGAAAUGCGCCCAAUGCGGCCGUAAGUUCUGCCCUCACUGCUUGGAAGAGGUGAGCUCAUGCUCUGACGCAAUGGAUAACACACACACAGAGGGCUGCCAUUAACGACCAGGCCCACGAGGGCAGUACGUGUGAGGAGUAUCGACGGUGGAAAGAGGAGAACUCUCAGGGCGAUGGCGCCUUCAACCGACUCGCAGAGCGGGAGGGAUUCAGGGUAUGGCGCCAGCAGAGGGCACACAUGUGGCAAGAACGGACAGAUGUGUGCGUGCCAUGUGUGCAUGUGUGUUUCAUUUGCAGCGUUGCCCGGUGUGCGGCGUCAUGUGCGAGAAAGUGAGGGGAUGCAACUUCAUGACCUGCGAGGUGCGUCGGGAUAUGCACGUCAAUGGGGGGAUGGAUGGGCACGUGUCAAUCUGCUGCCGAUUCUGUCUGUAUGUCUGUCUGUCUGUCUGUCUGCAGUCGAUUCAGUGCAAGGCCAAUAGGGUUCAUUUCUGCUACAUCUGCGGCCAACAGCUGACACGGGCUGACGUAUGUCGCCAUCAAUCACAUGAUGUGACGCGCACACACUCGUCAUGUCACCUAUUAUCUUCCUGCUGUCCUCUCUCAGCACUACACGCAUUUCGGUGUUCACGGCCCCUUUGGUGACGGCUGCGUCAUCGUGCCAAACCCCCAGCAAGGUGGGAAUCCACACAAUGGCACACACACAGCCUGAUCAGCAAGACUGCUCAUCGUGGCCGUUUUUCCUCCGUUGGUUCAGCCCGUCCGUACAUCCAUCCCGAUGCGCGUGUCGUGCCUGUCCACCCGCCACGCCCACACCGUGCCUACAGGGGUGGCGCGGCUGCGGCUCCGGCUGCCCCGGCAGCCGGAGGACCAGGACCAGCGCCAGCGCCCGGCAUACCCGAAUUCCUCCGCGCCUUUCUUCAAGAACUUCCUGGGGGGAUGGAGGUGGCGGCGGCUCAGAGGGAGAUGGCCGCCGAGCAGAGGGAGAUUCAGCGAGCGAUGGCCGCCGCGCAGAGGGACAUGGCGGCGGCGCAGAGGCAGAUGGCCGCCGACCAAAGGGCAGUGCAGCUGGAGGCGGCCGCCGCGCAGAGGCAGAUGGCCGCCGACCAGAGGGCGAGGCAGCUGGAGGCGGCCGCGGCGCAGAUGCAGAUGGCGGCGGCACAGAGGCAGAUGGCGGCCGAGAUGGCCGCCGCGCAGAGGCAGAUGGCGGGUGAGCAAAGGGCAAUGCAGCGCGAGAUGGCACAGAUCGCCAGGGCGAUGGCCGCGUCGCAGAGGGGGGUGAUGGGAUGAUGAGAUGACGCAAAUGCUCGAGGUUUUCUGCCUGUCACAUGCACGGUAUGUUGUGCGUACGUGCCUUUCCUCCCUCCAUCCACCCACACAUGGAUCCAUACAUCCAUGCCGACUCUUUUAUUCAGUGAGUCAGUCAUGUCGUUUUCUAGUCGUGCCUGCCACCUUGCCACCUUGCAUAUAUUUUGUCACCUUGCGUGUCGUCACGUCGAUGUCUGCAGACGCUGGUUUUUUCCGACAACAGGUAGUCCUGGUUGUUUGCCCUGCCUGAGGUGCGUGUGUCAUGUGUGUGUGAGUGUAUUGAGUGCCUUUUUUCACUCUGCCACCCACGUGUUGGGUGAAUGAGGACGGACACAACAGAAGACUCAGCCAGGUGAGCGCAUUGAUUUUUCAUGAUGGAUGCUGACAAGUCCUCAGUGGCGGCCGACCGGUCAG